AGAGCAUGUUUUUGUGUGACACGCCGCAGUCAUGGCUGUCAAAUACCGGGCUGUUUAGGUUUCGGUACAAUUAUCUCUUUUUUCACCACUUUUUGCUUCAAGCUACAGCCAGCAGGUCUGAUGUGAUGUCAGAUAAACGUCAGCGUGCGAGAGUGCAGGGGUCCUGGGCCAAACAACCAUCGAAGCACUCAGUUCAAACAGGAGGAGCCCCGAACAAUCAGCCCAAGGACAUUAACACAGCCUCAGGUUCCUGGAGUUUUAACAACCAGAAGACCUCCACAAGUUUUGAGUUUCACCAGCCCACAAAGCCAGUUCGAGAUGUUCCACCUGAAAGGAUCAUAGAGCAGGCAGGGGAUUAUGACAUCAGUCAUGAGCCGUCUGGGAUAUCUCGACUGCGUCUGCGACCUGGGUUUCUUUGCUCAGAGGAGGCCGACUGGAUGUUCAGUAAACUGCUGGCAGAGCUGCCCUGGUCCCAGAAGACUAACUACAGACAGGGUGAAGCAUACGAAGAGCCCAGGCUGACCUGCUGGUACGGAGAGCUGCCGUAUACGUACGCUCGCUCCACCAUGACAGCCAACACACAGUGGCAUCCUCUGCUGGUAACCCUUCGUGAGGCCGUGGAGCGGGCGAGUGGGUGCUCCUUCAACUCCCUGUUGUGUAACCUGUAUCGAGACGGACAUGACAGCAUCGGCUGGCACAGCGAUGACGAGGCUUCUCUGGGGCCCAAACCUACCAUUGCUUCUCUCAGUCUGGGAGACACCAGAGUGUUCAGCCUCCGUAAGCAGCCUCCAACGGAGGACAGUGAUGAGUACACCUACACAGAGAGAAUACGGGUCCCUCUGAGUCACGGGACUCUUCUGCUGAUGGAAGGAGCCACUCAGGAUGAUUGGCAGCAUCAAGUGGCAAAGGAGUACCAUGACAGGGGCCCCCGCAUCAACCUGACCUUCAGGACCAUCCACCCAGAGCCGGAGGGCCACAGGCCAGGCACCAAGAUACGAUUCACAGCCAAACAACUGUAAAUUCCCCUCAUGGUCGGUACUAAAAGCUGCUCAGGGCUUCAGUGUCUCAAACACACAUAAAACCAUCUGCUGUGGUGUGAAGAAGAUAAAACAAUCUGUAAUACAAGGUGAGAAAGGAUGAAAUACAUGCUAAAGAUUGCCUUGAUGAGCUAAUGGGGCGUACUUUGAUUGGACUAUUUGAACGGGGCCAAACUUUGAUUUGAAUAGUUAUUAAUGAGAGAAACAAAUGAUAACAUCCAGCAUUAUUAGUUGUGUGUGAUUAGAAAGGGUUGUAAAAGAUGGUAAAAUAACAUCUGGGUAAACAGAAUGUGCAAAUUUUCUUUCUUUUCCAUGUAGUGGACAUCGUGAGGAGCUUUUUAAAGGAGCAUAGCUGCUGUUAGCAGGGCAGUGAGUGACGGUGGCUAAACUGGAAUUAUUUUAUUUUGAAUAAGAUUAUUAUUAUUAGUUUUUUCACUGUAAAAUAAAAUCUAAACACUACAUAUCUUUAGAAAAUUACUUCAGCACUCAGCGUAAUUUACAAAUGUAUUUUGUUGCAAUAAGAGCUGAGAAUGUUUUUGUUUUGUGUACUUAAAAAAUAAGUUUUUCAGGUCUAAAAGUUUUUUAUGAGCCUGAAGGUGUUUUUCAAAGGAGCAGCAGUUCUAUGACUUAAAUCAGUAGGUUUCUGUAAUUUAAAAAAUAACUUUUUGUGAAACUCUUCAGUUCAAAGGGUUUAUUUGUAUUUUUUUGAUUGCUCUUUUUUUUUCUUAAGCAUGUUUUAAAAUUCAUUAAACUCAGUUCAGGUAACACCA